CGGCUCAGAUCAAGAGCAUGGUGAAUCAGGUGGGAACCCGGCAGGACACCAGCGAACUCCAGGACCGCCUGUACGUACCGGCCUUCUUCCCUCCUCCACAUCCAGUCUUUCUGCUGCCGCAAACACAGAUAAAGCAGCAGAUCCAACACUACACCAACCAGCUAGCAAAAGACACCAACAAGAACCUGAAAGAGCUCGGCUCCGUUCCUCUGUCUUCAUCAGCGUCAGAACAGAGGCAGCAGAAGAUCCAGAGGGACCGUCUGAUGAACGAUUUCUCAGCAGCUCUCAACAAUUUCCAAGCCAUCCAGCGGCGAGCGGCGGAGAAAGAGCGGGAGUCCAUAGCCCGGGCGCGGGCCGGCUCCCGCCUGUCGACUGAAGACAGUUUUCGGGAUGAAAAACUUGUGUCUUUUGAUAACCAAGACGACUGGGGUCAGACCAGCGUCCAGACGGAGGAGGCGGCCAUCACUGAGGAGGACCUGGAGCUGAUAAAGGAGAGGGAGACCAACAUCAGGCAGCUGGAGUCCGACAUCAUGGACGUGAACCAGAUCUUUAAGGACUUGGCCGUUAUGAUUCAUGACCAGGGAGAGAUGAUC